AUGGUCUUCAACGCCAUCAACCACACUGGCCCCACCUACCUACAGGAACUGCUAACCAGAAAACAUUCCCAUACCUCACGCACACUCAGGUCAGACAGCUCCAAUCUUCUGGCUUUUCCGCGGAAAAAACUGGUCAGCAUGGGAAACCGUGCUUUCUCCUCCCUGGGUCCACGUGAAGGGAGAGGAGGGAAAUUCCACGGUGUCGACCUCCUCCAGCACUCGCCCUCCCCCUCUCCAGGAGACCCUUACCCCCUCCAGCCCCGCUCCCUGGAGCCCGUCACGGACACUUUCCAGCAGAACCUCCCAUUGAGGAAGACCCUCUCUGACCUUGACACAACCUCACCUGCAGAUAGGACUUUGGAGCAGCGUGCCGCGGACCAACUUCACCCAGGAACAAUGGACCACUCUGGGCUUCUGUGCUCAAACACACCGUCCGCUUCCUGGAACGGACCUAAGGGCUCCACCUUUUCUCCCGGAGUGUGGAACGAGCCUUACAAUUACACUAUGAACAAAGGCCCAGCCGUCCCGCCUAAACAGCACAGCAUCAUCGGAUCGUCGGGGGGAAGGUCGCAGGACGGCGUGAUGUUCGUGAAUUCAGGACAAUCAGGAGGGGGCUCACAUUCCAGUUCAUUCUCGUCCGUGACGAUGCCUUCUGGGAGAGGAGGAGGGAAUAACAUGCCGGGGAUUUCACUGGCGGCGGCGAUGAUGGGGAAGCGAAGCGAGACUGAAGGUGCGGUGGCGGAUGGAGGAAGAGGAGGAGGAGGAGGGGGAGGAGGAGGAGGAGUUGGGGAGGGAGCAAGAGGGCGAGAGAGGUCGGCACGUUCAAUAGCAGCGGCAAACGCUUUCAAGUUUCGUGAGCGUUCCCUUUCUACGCCCACAGAUUCGGAUUCUUUCUGCUUUUCAGAAAUUGGUUUAGGACAGCCGGACGGGAGCGUCUUGCCGACAGGGAAUGGGAAUGCUAUGGGAAUAACAGACCACCAACAACAGCAUCAUCACUUCCUGGGUUUGGGUGAGAACUAUGCGCUCAGAUACCCUAGAGGGAGCUCCGAGGACAGCACCAGUACCACAGACACAAUCUCCGUCACGGCUUCAGACUACAGCGCCGACGGUCGCUUGCGCCUACGCUCCCGCUCCAUCUCGCUUAAGAAAUCCAAGCGCAAGCCACCACCCCCUGUGAGGAGCGUCUCUCUAAUGAAGAACCUUGGACAAGCUGAGGGGAGAAUCCACCACGAAGGCGGACUUUACCGGGGUGGCCGGCCAAAGAGCCUGCACAUCCCCAGGGAUCUUUUCCCGGAUUUCCAGCCAGAUUUCCUACUUCCCAGUUCGUCCUGCUCUUCUAAACCAAUGAUUGUUGAGCGGGAUAUCGGCCAUGGAGGCGCUGAUGGACCUCCAAGUCUGGAAGUCCAAGCACCAGAGAGGGAGGGAGAUACAGAACUGACCUUCCCCACUCACUGGCAGCUGGGGGACUGGAAGAAUGACCCUUACAGGUCUCUUUCAGGCUCAAGCACAGCAACAGGUACCACAGUGAUUGAAUGUAUGAAAGUCAGAGGCAGUUCGGAAUCCCUACUUGAUUCUCCCUCAACCUCCAGAGCAACAUCGCCCUCACAACUCUCCAUGGAAACUGACAUCAAAGCAUUCUCGCCCUUCAAACCCCCAGGACUUAUGUCGCCAUCAAGUGGCUAUUCCAGCCAAUCAGAGACUCCCACCCCUACUAUUCCACUCAGUCACAUGGCAGGUCACGGGACAUUAGGGUGUAAGUUGCGUCCGAAGAUCCCGGAGAGGAAAUCAUCUCUUCCGUCGCCCAAGGACCCGUCUGCAAGGUCUAGAUUGUCCUUUGAGAUGCCUGGGAAUGCACAUCUAGAGCUGUCAUCAAUCAGGCCAAAGCCAAAGGCCAGCAGAAGACAUUCGGACACCUCGACUGCAGCAAAACCCGGAAAAACCAGCUCCUCACAAGCCUUGCCUGUUGUUACCCAGAAUGAACUAAAGACUAUUCGACUGCGCUCUGUGUCUCGUGGUGACUUGGAGGACUGCCCUGAUGGGGCGUCCGACACCAUAGAAGAAGAACAGCAUGGCCGUGACUUAGGGGAAGACCCCAGCCCGCCACCCACCCUACCGAAACCCAAACCCCCUGUCGCUGUCAAGCCCCCGUUGCCAAAACGGCCCAUAAACCUACUCUUUAAGUCUUCUUCCCCUUCUUCCACUUCCCCCCAAGCUCUCGAAUCACCUCCUGGCUCACCUGUGGAUCGGCCUGUUCCCCUAGGCAACAUCUACAAAGUCAUGAGAAAACCCAAACCCAAAAGACCUUCACCACAAGCAACAAGUCCCUCUGUUCCACCAGAUUAUUCCACUUAUGAACAUUCAUUCCUGCCCCAGUCCCUCUAUGACCUCCCUCCUCUUCCGGACCCCCAGCCUCUUCUGGAAGACCCGGCGAUGGAGCCCGAUUUCGAUGUUUACCCAGAGAUUCGUCCUGGUCCUGGGGACGGAGGCUCACUCCCAUCUCCCUGCAGUAACGAGGAGGGCCCAGAGCUCCAGGACAAGAGCAAGACCCUCCCUUCAAGAAUGACAAUCUCCUGUCUGUCAGAGCUGUCAGACAAAAAGAAACCCAAGGUUCCCCCUCCAGUCCCGAAGAAGCCGAAUGUCCUUCUUCUUCCCUCAACGGUCCAUUCCUCGACCAACGGGAGCACAGACCGUCAGACCCCUCAGGCCGACAGUCCUGUGGGUCUUCGCUCUCCCGUAGGAACGUUCUCACCGGAAGAGUUUCCCAGUUCUCCUAGUGUUCUCGAUAUGCUAGAACAAGAUGAGAACCACUUAGGAACCGACGAGGAGAGUUCAAAAGAGUCAUCGCUUCAUUCGUCUCUGCAGGAUUCCUCCCUCACAGAGCUAGGAGGGAAGAUGGCCAGCACUGAGAUUGGAGCAGAUGACUCGGCAGCUGACGAGAAGACGGUACUCCACAUCGCAGAGGAAACAGAUGAUGACAUGUUGCCCAGCACACCUGCAGCACACACCACAGAAGACCUGUUCACGAUCAUUCACAGGUCCAAGCGGAGGGUUCUUGGUCGUAAGGAACCGACGGACUCCUUCGGCAGCCGGCAGAGUCUUGUAUCUCCGGUGAAGCACAGCAACAGCGGCAGCGACAUCCGAAACAUGACCUUAGGCAGUCAGAGGUCCAGCUCCCGCAACGAGAACUUCAUGGCCCUGCUUCAGAAGAAAGGCAGCAAGACUUCCGGCGGAGGAGCCAGAGUCUCUGCUAUGGAGCUUCUCAAAAGCACAAACCCUUUGGCACGGCGGGUCACGGAGUUUACAUCCACUUCGCCGACAGCUGGCGAGGGAGGAGAGUACGGGAAACCCCACGAUCAGUGAAGUUAACCAGGUUCGUUGGCUCUUGAGAAAGCUACCAACCAAUUCCACAAUGCGCCACCCACUGAAGAUGGGGCCUUCUGACCAACCAGAUCGCUCCAACUACUGAUUGACCAUUUGCACUGUCCAAUCGAAUUGGAGCACAUUUUUGGACCAAAUGUCCCCCUACUAUGGUUGAAGCGCUAUCGUUCAUUGUCCAAUCGGUCCCUCUAUGGAAGGAAGAAAUCAGUGGAGAGCGAAAGUUGUUCUCACUUUAUUUUUAAUGAAAGAUGGAGAUUUUAAAGUUAUGCUUCACAACUUCAUUGGGGAUAUGCUCAGUGCGAAGGCUGGAUGAUAAGAUGGAUCGUUGGAGCAGAGAAUAUAAGGAUAAACGGUGGAUAUCUUUACUCCUGGCUCCACUUUGGUGAAGACAUCAAGGGUCCAAGAUGAAGACAGAGGUUAUUAAUGAAUCCUUAAGCAGUUAUAUUGAUCCUCAAAGGUACCACAGUUAUCAAAUGAAUCCAAAUAAUAAUUGGAAUAAAACACAAAAGUUGACUUCCAAACGAUUCGUCCAUUAUUCAACCAAAACCCUCCAACCAGUAGCACUACAGCGACGACGCCAGUAGACCUACAUGAAUGAAUUGAAAGGUAAAUAAUUAAUGGAGAUGAUGAGGCACCUGAGAAAGCCUAAACAUGUGGGCUUCUCUCAUAACUCUCCUUCUCCUCCUGGUUACUGCAAUACCAUAGAAGGCAUGAUCAUUUUCAGAGAAACUGAACAGUCUUAUUUUGGCGAACGAAGCGCAGGAUUUACAAAGAAAAACCACGUGGGGGCUUUUUGCCACCAAAGAUGACGCAUGAGCAUGUCACAGAUUUUUUUUUUUUGUUGGCUGAAUGUGAAUGGGGACCUUUUACAGAACAUUCCACAGAGGCACCCGGCAAAAGGAGGGACAUCUUGGGACGUAAGCACUUUUUUUUAACCUCGCCGACGGAGCGACGUUUCCACGGCGCAAUCGAAACUCAUCAAUCAUUAUUUGAUCAGUCUUUUGUUUUUCCUUAAUCUUUUUUGUUAACCAUGCUAGAUGGCCAUAUACUGUACAUGUUUCAUUGGAUUGUACUAUAUGUAUCAUGUACAAAGAUAAAUGUAUCGCACCUAUCAACGGAUAUCAUCUGUUUGCGGACACAAAGACUAACAAUAGUGUACAGAGCAGCAAGCAGCUUGGACUACAAACCAUGGAAGGAAACACACACCCAAACACACACACACACACACAUAUGGACCAAGGACUAAUGCCAUGAAAGACAGGACAGACCAGAACAUUGUGUGUGUGUGUUCGUAGGAGUGUGUGCGCUGGUAAAAUCUAGCCUGUGGAGUUUCUGUACGGAGAGCAUGAAGCAGGCCUGGUUAUAAAACAGGGUCUUUAUUCAUUGUUGGUCUCUGGUGACGGGACCAAAGGACUGUUAAAAGCUACAAACAGACCAGAGGGGACCUAGCGGUGUGUAUGUGUGUGUAUUUUUGCGCUUGUGUAUGUGUUCAUGUGCGUGUAAUGAGGGGAAGUGCCAAGAAAAAAAGCGAGAAGGAGAGAGUCCAUUUGCCUGUUAAUGUGUUUGCCAUUUUUGGGCCCAUGCUAUGUGUGUGUGAGUGUGUGUGUGUCGCUGUGUGUGCAUCGUCACCCUGCCCUGCAGUCCUUUCUUGAAAUAGGAUUAGCAUGAAGUUAGCAACCCCCGCUACAAAUAUACACACAUUACAAACCAAUGGUUUACAGGAGCAAUGACUGACAGAGUUUUGAGUUCUGAAAAUAGGUAUAAUUAUCACUUUGUCACCCUAGGUCAUUACGGCCCUCGCCAGAAUCUUUCUGUCCACACUGUCGCAAAGUUCUGAAACUGUGUUUGUGCUACCCUCCCUCUGGCUGUGGUCGAAUGGCUCCAUAUUGCUUAGGACGGUUCCUAUCGGAGUAACUGGGCCGUGUCUAAGUUGAUGCCUUGAUAAGAGCAGGUUGAGUUCCUUAAAUCCUUAAGAAAAGGAACUGCAAUGCUUCCAUUCGUAUGUACUUAAAGGUGCAUUGGACCAUCCUUAAAGGUGGGGUAGGUCAUUUUGGAGAAACCAGCUCGAGUGCGCUAGAAUUUGAAAAUACACAACCGGAAC